AUGGAAACGGUGCAGUUUGAGAUGCUAAGUGUUUGUUUGACAUGUGCAGCCCUCCCUCAGGUGGGGGCUACGACCCGCUCUGACUCAUGGAGGGGAGGAGGAGACAGAGGAGGAAGGAGGAGACAGAGGAGGCAGGAGGAGACAGAGGAGGCAGGAGGAGACAGAGGAGGAAGGAGGAGACAGAGGAGGAAGGAGGAGGAGACAGAGGAGGAAGGAGGAGACAGAGGAGGAAAGAGGAGGAGACAGAGGAGGAAGGAGGAGAAGACAGAGGAGGAAGGAGGAGACAGAGGAGGAAGGAGGAGGAGACAGAGGAGGAAGGAGGAGAAGACAGAGGAGGAAGGAGGAGACAGAGGAGGAAGGAGGAGACAGAGGAGGAAGGAGGCCACAGAGGAGGAAGGAGGAGAAGACAGAGGAGGAAGGAGGAGACAGAGGAGGAAGGAGGAGGAGACAGAGGAGGAAGGAGGAGAAGACAGAGGAGGAAGGAGGAGACAGAGGAGGAAGGAGGAGGAGACAGAGGAGGAAGGAGGAGAAGACAGAGGAGGAAGGAGGAGACAGAGGAGGAAGGAGACAGAGGAGGAAGGAGGAGGAGACAGAGGAGGAAGGAGGAGAAGACAGAGGAGGAAGGAGGAGACAGAGGAGGAAGGAGGAGACAGAGGAGGAAGGAGGAGAAGACAGAGGAGGAAGGAGGAGACAGAGGAGGAAGGAGGAGAAGACAGAGGAGGAAGGAGGAGACAGAGUAGAAAGGAGGAGACAGAGGAGGAAGGAGGAGAAGACAGAGGAGGAAGGAGGAGACAGAGGAGGAAGGAGGAGGAGACAGAGGAGGAAGGAGGAGAAGACAGAGGAGGAAGUAGAAGACAGAGGAGGAAGGAGGAGGAGACAGGAGGAAGGAGGAGACCGAGGAGGAAGUAG